CACUCGGCGCGGCAAAUGCGUCUUAUCGUUGUACCAAUUCAUGCGAUUUUCUGGACAAAAUUUCCGUAAUAAAAUAUUAGUUAAACAAAAAAAAAGCUUUUGGCCUAUUUUACGAAGAAUAUUCAAAUCGAGUUCAAGCUUCUGAAAACAUGUUCAUGAACGAAGAUAUUAUUACCCAGUGAAGAUUUACAAGUUUGCAUGGUUCGCCAUGGGACAUUAGAAUCGAAAGUUUGGGAAAAAAUUAAAUGUAAACAAAACUAGGCAGUUACUAUCUUAAAAGAAAACACUGACAAUCUGCAGAGGCACGUUGACGUUUGGUUUAUUUCUUAAGCAAUAAACGCGUGAUCUGAGUUACGCGCGUACAGUGGCAUCUGGCUAAUACCAUUUCGAUUUCUAGCCACCCGCAGAGUCCGAGCGAUGUUCUUGCUUGUCAAUUCAGAAAAAGAACGCGUCUAUACUCAAAAUUCAUAAACCAUAAAAUAUGCAUUUAGAUCUCUUAUCAACAGUGGUGUGGUGCAAUAACAAUUAACUGUUAAUAUUGAUAAACUGUUGUGAACUUGAGUUUGCUUUGGUGGAUACUACUAAAAAUUAAAGUGACUUUGCUUGGUUAUUCAUUGAAUAAAAAGUGUAUAAUUCUUCAGAUUCUCAUAUUGAAAUCUAAUAAUUCGAUCAUAUAGCAGCGGGCAAAGCUUGCAGCGCAGUAUAACAGUAGCAUCAUGGCUCGUUAACUGAAAAAAGUAGCUCGAGCUCACGAUAAAGAUAUACAAGAGAGUGACGCGUAGACCGAGGCCGCAACGGCGCAGCGCAGCUUUGGCUGAAAGAAGUCCGGUAUAAAGUAACUACAUAACGACGACUACGACGACUAUUACGAGCUAGUCGGAGAAGUAACAGCGGUGGCAGCAACAACAACGGCGGCAUCGCAGCAACAGCGGCGGGGACAGUAGCAGGCGGCCACGUCAAUCUCGGCGCGCCGUUAUACGACGAGGACCGGAGCGAAAAAACGACCAGCGGCGCAUGCGGAAAGACAAUAUUCCAUCCCAGUCUCGCUGUAGCCCAUCGUAUACACACGGCAACGUGACGCUCCUGCUGUUGCUGCUGCUGCUGCUGCUGGACAAUCAUUAAGCACGUGCGUCCUCGACGCGCAAUAAACUGCCCGCCCGACGCUGACGCGAACGACGCGACUCGUCGUCCAAGACGCGGGGAUCGUCUCCCGUCAGCUGGGCCGCUCUCAACACGUUCAUUCAUGCUUCGCAUCGCCAAUAAGAAUGCGCGAACUUACGUUUCGUUCGGCCAAUUAAACUGCGCCCGAGUCUGACAAAUAGCCCCGGCUGAAACUCGCAAGUGACGGAAACGCUGCUACUACUACGUAUUAACUGGACUUUUGCAAAUAUCCUUGGGGCUCGUGCGUUAAGGCGAAAGAGAGAGAGAGAGAGAGAGAGAGAGAAAGAGGCAUCCAAGAGUAAUAGCAGCAGGGCAGCAGUGGCAACUAACGCAUAAUCGGUCGAGCGUCGGUCGACUUGCCUCACCAGUUCAACUUUCCGACCUUUGCCACGCUCUCCCCAGAGAAGAGCGAAAGAGCAAAAAGACAUCUCUCGAGGCACACGUCUCGGGAGCGAGAUAUCUCUUUCUUCGUCCUUACAGCUGGAAUCUCGUGGCGAGCACGAGAAGCCCACAUUUUCUUCUUGUAUGCGCUUCGCCCCCUAGUGCACUGUUUCUCCAAUAUCUACUCCCAAUCUUCUUUUCUACCCGCUGCUGGUUUUCUUUUUUGUUUUGCAAAUUUUCAAUUUUAUAAUAUUCUACGUUCCUAGGGGGUAUCGAUAAAUAAAAUCAGGAUAUCUGUUCGUGUAUCAGAAUUACUGCGAUUUACUCGCACAGAAGGCUUGUGCAAUUUUUUUUCGCAUACAAGAAUUUACUCAUUAAAUCGUUAGGCCAACUUUUUUUAUUCCGUUAAUUAAAACUAUCGUUAUUGUCAAACGGGCUUUUUCAAAAAGAAAAAAAAACAAUUUAAACUAGAAAUGGCCGAUCGGUAUAAUUGCCGUGGAAAAUAAUGAUAAGACAACAUGGAAUAGAACACAGGGCUACAAAAUUGGAGUAUCUUUAAAAUCGCUUUGUGAGGGAGAAAAAAUCGACGUAUUUUUUGAACCUCACUAUAGAGUCGAUAUUGACAGGUGGGAUUGGUUUAUUGAUUGUACAUACCUCGAAAACGAUUAAAAAAGUUACCAAAAAGAAGCAUUGGAAUUUGAGUAAUUGCGCUUGUAUUUUUUACCUUUUUUUAUCAUAAAAAUCGAUGGGCAACGUUGAGAAGUAACAACUUGUGAGGUUUUUCUUGCUUAAAUUUGAUGUAAAAAUAAAAAUAGAAGAAAAGAAGGAAUCUUGUUAAAAAUGAACAUCGUGACAUACGAGUAAAUAAACAUCAUAAGAGGCGCGCGGAGUCGAAGCAGUUCUAGUAAAAUCAAAGCUCAGAGGGCUCGUCGUCGCGCAGAGAUAGAGAGAGAGAGAGAAGCGAAGAAAGAGAGAACAUUAUGCAAGCCAGCUGAAAUAUCGACUGCUAGGCUGGAAGAUCAAAGCAAAUCACAUCUGCUCAGACUCGGCGAGCACGCGCUCAACUUACCGGAAUAAAAACGCGCGCAUACGCGUAGACGCAUCAAACUCAUCGAAAACACAUAAAAGCUGUAUAGCCGUCAUUUUAGAGAAAAACAAGAAGCGUCCCCGGUUACACGUAUAAAAGAGGGGGAAGAGUCUAACAUCUCCUCGAGGCUGCCGCAGCUUUUUCCAUCGCGAUGAUACGGUGAAUGCGCCGUAUACACGGAUCUAGCGUAAAUCCAGCGAGACAAUUACUAUGGCGGCAACGAGUAUCGAUAACGUGCCGCUCGACGAUCUGGUGUCGGGCGUCUUGCAAGAGGCCUGCGCCAACGGGACCUCCUCGGGCGGAAACGGCACGCUCUGCUUCGAGGAGAGCUACGUGCCCUACGGCGACCGGCCCGAGACCUACAUCGUGCCGUUCGUCUUCGCCUGCAUCCUCAUCGUCGGGGUCGUCGGCAACGGUGUCCUCAUGAUCACCAUCUGCCGGCACGCCAAUAUGCGCAACGUUCCCAAUACCUACGUCCUCUCGCUGGCCAUCGGCGACUUGCUCGUGAUACUGACGUGCGUGCCCUUUACAUUUAUGGUGUACGUGACAGACUCUUGGCCAUUCGGACUGUUGCUGUGCAAGCUCUCUGAAUGCGCCAAGGACAUUUCCAUCGGCGUGUCGGUGUUUACGCUGACGGCCCUCUCGGCCGAUCGUUUCUUCGCCAUCGUCGAUCCAAUGCGCAAACUUCACGCCACAGGUGGUGGCAGACGAGCGACGAGAUUCACAAAAAUAGUAGCUUCGUUGAUUUGGCUUUUGGCAAUAUUUUGCGCCACACCCGCCUCAUUUUCUUACCUUCGUGCGUUCAGGGUCAACAAGAAUGUUACAUUUCUGACGUGCUACCCGUAUCCAGACGAAUUCGGACCAGGCUAUCCAAGGAUCAUAGUGAUCUGCCGAUUAUGCAUUUUUUACUUCAUCCCAUUGAGCAUUAUCGGCGUGUUUUACAUAUUAAUGGCAAGACAUCUGCUGCAAAGCACAAGAAAUAUACCGGGCGAAUUACAGGGUCAGAUACGCCAGAUAAAGGCGCGCAAGAAAGUGGCAAAGAUGGUGAUGGCCUUCGUGGCGAUAUUCGCUAUCUGCUUCCUGCCGCAGCACGUCUUCAUGAUGUGGUUCUACCUGAACCCCAACGCCGAGAGCGAGUACAAUGCCUUCUGGCACUCGUUCCGCAUACUCGGAUUCUGCCUGGCGUUCAUGAACAGCUGCAUCAACCCGAUCGCGCUUUACUGCGUCAGUGGCACCUUCCGCAAGUACUUCAACAGGUACUUGAUGUGCUGUUGCUGCUGCGAAUCCUUAAACAGACGAGGCUCGAUUUCUGGCUCGAAUAGGAGAGGUCAAAGUUUCUCGAUGACGACGUCAAGGCGUCACACAAGCUCCCGUAGAGGACAACAAAGCGUCAUUCAGCUUCAAAACUGGCAAACAAGCGACUUUAGCCACCAUCAGCUGCGGGGUGGCCGCUCCAACGUGCUGCCGACGCAAGAGCAGGAGACUACAGUGACUAUUUUCCACAAUGGCCACGAACAGAAAUCUUGAGACCAAACCUUCCGCAGUGUUCAAUGGGUACAACCAAAUUCCAAAAACCUCGAUCCAAUUGACACUUUUACCGAAGAAGAUGAAGUAAUCACAUUUCUCUCCUAACCAGAUGAUCUUACGGUAUUGAAAAAUUAUCAAGAUGGCUAAAUAACCAAAGUGAAUGUAAAUAUGAACUAGUACAGGUGCUUAAAAAUAAUUGUGAUCGUUUAUAAUAACUAGAAAUAAGAAUAAGAAUUAUCUAUUCGUGGUUAAUUUUAUUUUGAAUGGAGAUACCGAAGUUAGUAAAAAAUAAAAGUCCCUACCAUACUUUGAUGUUCAUUCACCAUAAAGUUCAGAAAUAAUACUUAAAAAUACGUGCUUGAGAUUUACAUUACUUCGGUAUGUCUUUAUUCACUGAUA